CAGCCCGUUGGCUACUGCCCCAUUCCCUGUGGCCAGGAACCCAGCGCUGUGGCCUGCAGUCAAACAGCCCCAGGCUUAUCAGGACGGCCCAGGUGUGCGGUCCCAGCGUGGCCGUUACUAUGUGAAAUCCCCUUGUGAAACCUGCUCAGCAUGGUGGGGAGAUGCUUAUCUGCAGGGACGCCCUGAGCCAGUGCGGCCGGAGAGCAGGGCAGUGAUGGGGUGAGGGGCUGACAGCAGCACUUCUCAGUCCCGACCCGCAGCCCCUGCUUGCCCAGCACUGGUUCCCCUCUGCCUCAGCUCUGCUGUUGCCCCUCUCUCCUGACCCACAGCACAUGCUAGCCCAGCAUUCCAGUCAGAGUCUUUCUAAAGUGGGUCCCCGAGUGGCUGGGAGCCCAGUUCUCUGCUACCAUCAGCAGGGGGGCGAAUCCAGGACCCCCUAUGGUCUAUGGGGAGUUGGGAGCACUUUGUAGACAGCUCGUUUAUAAACUCUGCCAAUGGCCCCUAGCUGGCGAUAUGGGACAGCUUGUAGGUCGGAGCCCAGGCUGAGUGUAGGGAUGUCACAAGCUGUGAGGUGCGGGUGGGGGGGGGGGACGGGGACACAAGGGUGCUGGGAGCUGAUAGUGACUCUUUCCCCAUCACCCAGCUUCCUGUUCCAGACCAACAUAAAGGGCUGGGAUGGCUGGAGCUGUCGGAGCUCACUGAGGACCCACAGCCAUCACAGAGGUGGCGGGGGGUCUUUGGUUGACCCCAAGGGAUAUGGGGGGUAAUGGGGACCUGCUCCAGAGUGGGGUCACUCAGUCGGGGCCUGGUUCUUACAGUAGCCAGUGCUGGUUGCCUUGGGGAGGUGCCUGCCAUUAUUCACCUCUCUGUGGCAGGGGCAGAUCCCUGCCUGACCCCAGAGGCUGUUCAGCUCCUGCCCUGGAGCCUGAGAUCAUGAGACCUCACUGUUGGCCCCCGAACCUGCAGUAAUGCCCAGAAAGGCCUGGCACUGCUCAGCACUCUCAGCCCCUUGUAUCUUGUGGCAGGGAGUUCCACAGGCUAACAGCAUAUGCUAGAAUUUUCCUGGCAGCUUCUGUCCAUAGCCAAUGUGUGCAUGUACCCCUUGUCCUUGUGAGUGAGAGCCCCUCUGCUCCCAUAUAGAGGCAAGACCCCAGGUUUCCUUCGUCCCCCUUGGUUGGCCCAGCCCUACCUUAGUUGGGAAAGGCUGCCUUGAUUGUGGGGUGGUCAUCAACCCAGGGGAGCUUGGUGGUAGCUUAUGGCUCAGUGACUGCGGGGUCCCUAGAUGGGGGGUCAGUCUGAGCUAAGUGGAGGGAGGAGGUGGACUCUAGGCAGGGAGGUCAGUCUGGGCUCAGUGAUUGGGGGGCCCCGGUGGAGGGGUCAAUCUGUCUCUGUCUCACAGCCCCCCCCGCCGAUCUGUCCGAGAUGAAGCUGAUUCUGGUCCUGGCACUUGCCCUCCUGGGGGCCAUCUCUGCUCACCAGCUCCAUGAGGGCGCCCCGGAGCAGGAGGUACCAGCCGAACCGGGCGAGGAGGAGCCUGGGGAGCCAGAGCCACCGUGCCCCACGGAAAGCGAGAGCUUCAGAAUGAUAGUGCCUGGCCAGGAGGGCCACACCUGUCGCUAUGUGUUUGUGAACACCUGCCAGACAUUUUGGACAGCCCAGAAACUGUGUGCCCACUGCUACCACGGCCGCCUGGCCUCCAUCCACAACUAUGCAACCAACCGGCGUCUGAACUCCAUGGCACAUGCCCGCACCAACCGGGGCGAGGUGUGGAUUGGGGGAUACACCUCCCGCUGGUUCUGGCGUGUGUACCCCCGCUGGGUCGACCACAGUUCCUGGAACUACUCCAACUGGGCCAGAGGGAACCCCUGGCAGUUUUGGAGAUCGUGUGUCGCCAUGUGUACUGUAGGUGAGGAGCCCCCUGGGGCAGGACAGGGCGGAGAUAGGGAUCUAUUCACUGUUUGUGGGAACAAGAGCCCCUGGGCAAGGGAACCGCGGAUCUGUGGGACAGGGGUCCGAGGAUAAGUGGGGCUGUGGGGUGUGGGGCAGGAGAUGAGGGUAGGUGGGGUCAUGGGUUGUAGGGGAGGUGGGGCUUUAGGGUGUGGGGCAGGGAAUCCAAGAGUAGGUGGGGCCAUGGGACAGGGGAUCUGAGGGUAGGUGGGGCCGGGGGUUUGGUACAGGGGAUCUGGAGUUAGUGGUACUAUGGAGAUCUGGGGCAAGGGAUCUGGGGUUUGCUGUGGGCUGGGUGGCAGGUGCCAGCUGGGAGGGCACAAACCCCUCUCUCUCUCCCAGGUGGUCAAUGGAGAAGCGUCAGCUGCGGGACUCACCUGCCCUUUAUUUGCGAGUACUGAGGAUGCUGCUCUCUACAUGGGGUCCCGCUGU